GACGAGGGUGCUGCAUCAGUUUCUUGUGCAGUGCAGUCGUUAUGCACACUUUUCGAAGUAGGCAGACCAUGCAGAUAAAGGGAGCAUCAGGAAGCAGAGCCAUUCCCUCAGCCCUGCUGAAGGUAUGUUUCUGACCAUUGCAUUACUUCGGAACAGAAUUCCUGGGAAACAAUGGAUCGGUAAACACAGACGACCAAGAUUUGUUACCGCUGUAAUGAAGAGUAGUAUGAUUCGGAGGCUGGAAAUUGAAGCUGAAAAUGAAUAUUGGCUGAGCCAGCCUUAUAUGACAAAAGAGCAGGAGUAUCGUCAUAAUGAAGAACGCAGCUAUGCAACUAGGAAAGCAUUAAUUAUAGCAUCAACUUCUAAGUUUCCUGAGCACAAGUAUGCUGCAGAACAUCUAGAACAUCUUAAUGUGACCAAGAAAUGGAUAACAUAGACUUAUUUUUUUAUAUGGACUGCCUGCAUUGGUCAGCCAUUUCCCAUUUGCUGACUGGGAAAUAGUUAUAACAAGUUCUUGUAAAUAAAAGCAUCGCCCUUCAGCUUUGUCACUGAA